AUGUGGAGGAAGGGGGGGGGGGGGGGGGGGGGACAGAGGGGAGAGACACAGGGGGGGGGACAGAGGGGAGAGACAGAGGGGGGGGGGACAGAGGGGAGAGACAGAGGGGGGGGGGACAGAGGGGAGAGACACAGGGGGGGGGACAGAGGGGAGAGACACAGGGGGGGGGGACAGAGGGGAGAGACACAGGGGGGGGGGGACAGAGGGGAGAGACACAGGGGGGGGGACACAGGGGAGAGACACAGGGGGGGGGACACAGGGGGGGGACACAGGGGAGAGACACAGGGGGGGGGGGACACAGGAGAGAGACACAGGGGGGGGGGGACAGAGGGGAGAGACACAGGGGGGGGGGACAGAGGGGAGAGACACAGGGGGGGGACACAGGGGGGGGGGACAGAGGGGAGAGACACAGGGGGACUCCAGCGGGAUCAGACUCCAGCGGGAUCAGACUCCAGCGGGAUCAGACUCCAGCGGGACCAGACUCCAGCGGGACCAGACUCCAGCGGGAUCAGAGUCGACAACUUCUGA